AUGAUGAGAGGGAUUCGCGCAGCUACCUGUCAGGAGAAGCAGGCGCGGCUGACGCUCCAUCUGGCCCUCAAGCGACCGGAUUCUAACCGCUACGUAGUGGACGCCCUCAUUCUUCCCCGCCGUCAAGGAAUAUCAUCUGCAGCUGAAAUCCUGCAGCUGGUUGGAAAAUUCCUCGCGGCAGCCACAGAGUGCAACAACGGCGUCCCUCCGGUCGGCGUGGCGUACGACGGGGCGUCGUGCAACUCAGCCAUCAACAAGAUGCUGAAUGGCUUGAUGAACGCGCAGGACAUGGCCGGGAUCCCUUUCUUUGCCUCUUGCCGUGUGGAGACGCUGCAGCUCCGCUUUUGGCCGUACGGCCGGGUCGUCUUCUCCGAGCAAGAGGGGCUCUCUUACCCGAUGGUUGGCUUCAUCGACGGGCUGCACGUUCAGAAGCGGCUGAGCUUGCAGGCGUGCUGCGGCGCCAGAUUCCUGGUGCACGGCUGUUUCUGGACCUCCCUCAGCUGCCAAAUGCGCCAUGGCAUCGGGAGCAAGACUCAUGGCUGUGCUGACACUCAGUCCGACAGGGCUGCCGUGGCUCGGCUGAGUCCAAGCUUCACACCUCGAAGUUGGGAUGCCGCUGGAGCCCAGCUGCAUUCUCUUUUCGGGUCCUUGGUUGCCGCGAUAUCGUCUGCAAGUCCGGCAUUCAGCAAGAAGGAGUUAGCAGAGAGUGCACUGACGCUGCACUAUUUGCUCCUCCUGCAUUUGUGCCACAGCUGCGCCAGGUUUGGCAAACAGUACGCCACCUACAGCAUCUCGCUGACCACCGUCCGAAAUUGCACGAGCUUGGCUUCUCAUUGCUUGACGAGCUGCCAAACACAUUGGGAGCCGCGUCUGUUACAGGAGGCACCGAUUGAAUCGCACUUCGGCAGGUUGAAGAAGCAUUGUGCAGGGGCCCCGGGCAUCAAGGACUGCCUCUACGCAGUGGCCUUGGAGACCGCGCGGCAGCAGGAGCAGCUUCGCAAGAUGGAUGCAAAGUCACUCAACAUGCAGCGGACGGCGCAGUCUCGAGAUCCGCUCUCCGAGUCCGAGCUGCUGGAAGCGGGCUCCGCCGCCUUGGCAGCUGCCUGCCAGUUCCAGGCAUACAUACAGCAGGACGUGACCGCAGAGGACAUCUAUGGUCGCCUGAGGACGUGGUACCCGGCCGAGGGGAGCAAGCUUUUGUUUCAGAGGGAUGCCGAUCAGGACGAGCAGGAGGCAGACGACGACUUCAUACCAGAUUUGGACACGACCAUGCAGGAGCUGACUGUGCGAGAGAUGAAGCUGCUUGCUGCUGCCCGAAACAGUCCUGAAGAUGCCGAGGCAGAGCAGGAUCCAGGCACGCUGAUCGAGAAGGUGGCCAGCCAAGCCAUGAUGCGUGAAUCUCUCCAUGAGUUGCGGCAGAACCAAUUCCUUGCAGGCGAGGGGACCGUGGAGCUGGACGAGGACACCGGCGACCAUGGCCAGGCCAGCGUGGAAGAGAUCGAGGACAUGGCGACAACUGAUCCCCUUCCGCUGGAGCGGGAGGAGCGGGAUCCAACAUCAGAGCAGCCGAAAACCCUGCGCGACAUUCUCACAGCUGCUACUGCCAAGAGAGAGUCCUGCUUCGACUUGCGCGAGGCUUCGGCGCAGGGGGCGGACGGCGCAUUGCGAAGAGUCUCUUGCCUAGCUGGUCCGAUACGGCACUUUGCCAAGUUUGUGCGGUUGGAGGAGGGCCUGUUGUCCCUUGCGUGGAUCGAGCGGCAAAAGGCCCCAGAAGGCGAAUGGAAUCGGGCCGAGCACGAACUUGCCAUGGCUCGUCUAGCUCAAGACUCCUCCAAGACACGUGUGGCUCGAGCAACCCUCUGGGCCGCCAGCGCUGCAAGUCUAUGCCAGCAGGUGCUCGCCCGCAACCGGCAGGCGAGCGAGCAAGACCGUGGCCUGUUCCCCGUUGAGCUUUACCGCCCACCAGUGUCCAUGAAGGAUGCGAGCUUCCAGAUCGUGCUUAUCAAGGGUGCUGCUGCCAAAGCUGGGGCGGGAGACCGCAAGGUUGUGCCGUGCUGCGUCAUGGCAGCUUUCAGGGGCUGCGCGGUGAGAACCAAAUCCGCCGAGACUGUGAUCAGGACCGGCAAGCCGAGCUCAGGCUUUCUGCAAUCAUCUUGCGCACGGAUGAUUCACGCGUCCGAGCUGGUGUUUGACACGAACACCCAACAGUACUGGACAUCAUCCUCGUCAGAACCCAUCUUGUUCGAUCCCGCUGGCUGCGUGCUGGGCGAGCUGACGGUGGCCAAGGCGUCCCGAGUGGGCAUGAAGUUGGUGAUCGAGCUCACGCCCGCAGCAGAGCAGGCCAUGGCGAGCCUGCGAAAGCCGGGGGCAAAGCUGCCAGAACUUGCGCAUCAUGAAAAGGAGAGUGAGACCCUGCACAAACCUCCUGCAGAACAGCCGGAUACCAACACGUUCACUGAAAGGAGCUUCUCGAAGGCGGCCUUGGCCACCAAGGUCCCCCUGUUCCUGGAUGGCGUGCGACGUGCGCUUGAAAGGAUGAAUGUCGAGCUGGUGAAUUCAGAUGGCUACGUGAUCCUGGGUGACCAGAGCAAGGCAUGCUGGAGUGAUCUCUGUCAGAGAACCGUGAGCUACCUGGCCAAGGAGUUCAAAGACUCCACUGGAGAUGCUUUCAGCCGUGCCGUCUACUCGGCCGUGAAGCGCCUGGUGCCCGAUCAAGAUGCUGCUUCAGGCACGUGGUGGUGGGGGGGGGGGAAGGGCGGGGGGGGGGGGGGGGGGAUGUGUAUGUCAGAUGAGUGGGGAGGUGGGGGGGGUGGGGGGGGGGGUGGGGGGAAGCCGGGAAGCGCCAAGAAAUCCUCAAACCCUGAACCCUAA